GCGCGACGGGCGCUGGUCGGCCGUCGGGCACUGCACGAAGGCGACGCCCAAGAAGCCGCGGAGCGCCCUGGACGUUGACUACAUGGUUUGGCCCGCGGAGCACCCGCCGCUGACGGCGUCGAAGAAGAAACCGACGACCGCCUGCGAUUGGGAGAAGCGCAGGGUCGCGCGGGAGCAGGUCGAGGGCGAGAGGGGGAAGCCAGAGCCUUGCUUCGAGGCGGUGGACCUGCGGCCGAUGGCGGUCAGGUCGGGGAUCCAGAAUUCCCCGGACGAGCCCCGCGCGGUGCGCAAGUUGAUGGCGCGCGCUAAGACGUCCUGCUCGCGCAAGGUGGUCGGCUGGAUGUUCAAGGACGGGCGCGUGCUGGAGAAGAUCAUCGGCAAGGGCCUGUCUAUGAAUCGUAUUGACGUCGCCGACCUGUGCAACAGCAUCUUGAUGUCCCUGAAACACGGUCGGUCCGAGGCGGGCCCUGUGGUCACCAUGGCCGGGCGCUUCGGCGGAGGUGGAAGGCCCCUUCUCUCCUCGUCGGCGCGGCCGCUGUUCGGCGGCGAGCAUGUGCAGGAGCGACCGGGAGGGGGGGAGUUUUGCUUCCACGGCUUGGACAAGGCCAAGGCCGCGGUGCUGGGCGAGUGGAUGUUCAUCGAUGAGGACCUCCCCUUGUCCAUCCACUUCCUGUGGCUGGAGAGCAAGCCAAUGCCCAUCAAUAUGCACCAGCACGUCGGGCGCAAG